AUGCAGGGAAGGUUGUUAUUUCUAUUUGCUGCGACCUUCUGUAGUGUGGUGUCAAAUCCGAUUGAUUUAUUCGAGCCAGUUCUCUUCGAGCAGGAAGUCCCUCGAGCAGAGCUCGAAGAAUACCGUUUGAAUGAAGACGUUUGGCCAUCACAUUACGAUGUAGAGUUGACCCCCUAUUUUGAGGAUGAAGCGGAACACGAGGCUUUCACAUUUGAUGGAAUUGUCUCUAUCAAAUUAAAACCGUCGAAAGUUGGAGUAACCAAUAUUGCUUUGCAUGUAGCUGAAAUUAAUAUUACUUCUUUGAUAUUGAAUCAAGCCGACAACAAUGCCGUUAUAUCGACCGGGCAAACCAGUUACAAUGAGGACACGGAAAUUCUUACCAUACCCAUCAAUGCACCCUUAGGAGAACUUGAUUACUUGUUAAAAAUCAACUACGUUGGUAUAUUGUCAAGUGAUAUGCGAGGUUUCUAUAGAAGCUAUUAUAAAGUUGGUGAUAAAAAUGUGUGGCUGGCAUCCACUCAAUUUCAAACGACUUCGGCAAGACGAGCAUUUCCUUGUUUUGAUGAACCAAAAUUCAAAGCAACGUUUCAGAUCAAAAUCAAUCGACCACAAAAUUUCCGUUCCUUCUCAAAUACUGAAAUAAAGUUGGAAAGCGAUUUAACCAAUGGACGCGUUCAAGAUGAGUUCGAGAGAACACCGGUGAUGUCCACUUAUUUGGUGGCAUUUAUAGUUGCUGAGUAUGAGGUGAAUUACAAAGAUGGAAUGGGCGUACUUGCACGACCAGAAGCUAUGAACCAAACGGACUACAGUCUACAAGUGGGAAUCGCAUUACUGAAACAAUUGGAAUCAUGGAUUGAUUACCCGUAUACUUCUGUUGCCGAAAUGACUCGUAUGUAUAUGGCAGCAGUUCCAGAUUUCUCUGCUGGUGCAAUGGAGAACUGGGGUUUAUUGACUUACCGUGAAACAAAUAUACUUUAUAGAAGUGAAGAUUCAACCAGUCUGCAGCAGCAACGAAUCGCUGCUGUUAUUUCACAUGAAAUUGCUCAUCAGUGGUUUGGUGAUUUAGUAACAUGCGAAUGGUGGGAUGUAACGUGGCUUAAUGAAGGUUUUGCUCGAUACUUUCAAUAUUUUGGAACGGCGUUAGUAGAGCAAAACUGGAAUUUAGACUAUCAGUUUGUCAUUGAACAACUACAAGGUGUCAUGCAGAUGGACAGUUUGGAAUCUACUCAUCCCAUGACUCACAAUGUAUAUACACAAUCACAAGUGAGUAACAUUUUCGAUAACAUAUCGUACAAUAAAGGGGCCGUAGUAUUAAGAAUGGUGGAACAUGCCAUAGGUACCGAAAAGUUUCAAAAUGCCCUUAGAAAGUAUAUAAAAGAGCGAGAGUUCAAAACAAGCCGACCAGACAAUUUAUUUUCGGCUCUCAAUCAGCAUGGAGAAGCAGCUAUUAGCGAUUUCAUGGAACCGUGGACUAUUCAAUCUGGCUACCCGUUGGUAACUGUUACUGGAUCUGAGGACGGAUUUUCUAUCAUUCAAAAAAGAUUCCUGCUAAAUAAUAUGAGCCAUAUUGAUCAGUCGCUGUGGCCUCUUCCUAUCACAUAUGCGACUAAACAAGAGGAUUUCCAAAAUACGAAGCCAACAGUUGUUGACACUCGAGAAUAUAAAAUCCCUAUUAGCAAUGCAUCGCAGUUACCAUACUUUAUACUCAACAAUCAGCAGGUCGGCUAUUACCGUGUAAACUAUGAUACUGCCAAUUGGGAUAAAAUUAGUGAUGCACUUCGGUCGGAUAACUUUAGUGGAAUACAUGUUUUGAACAGAGCCCAAGUAGUGGAUGAUUUGUUCAAUUUAGCUCGUGCAGGAGAAGUAACAUACGAAUCUGCAUUGGAGAUUCUUGAUUAUCUACAAGCUGAAACGGAAUAUCCGCCAUGGCUAUCAGCAAUAAAUGGUUUAACCAUUCUUUCGCGCAGGAUUCAUCCAGAAGACGAGGAAAUGUUUGCGAAAUACAUUAUCCAGUUAUUCAGUAAGGUCUACGAUAUGGUAAAAUUUCAAGCUCCUAGUGAGGACGAAAGUCGACUAACUACUUAUUUGCGAAUAAAUGUUCUUCAAUGGACUUGUAACUACGGUCAUUCGGCAUGCAAGGAGGCUGCUGUAGAAGAAUUCAGACGGUAUUUUAAUAAUACUGCUGUAAAAGUUCAUCCGGAUCUUCGUCAAGUUGUCUAUUGUGAAGGUAUUCGUCAGGGAACGGAGGAGCACUUUGAUUUUCUGUGGAAUCAAUAUCUAACAACAAAUAUGGCCACUGAACAAAUUCUUAUUCUCCAAGGACUGGGUUGUGCUCAGGAGAAGGAACAAAUUUUUAAAUUAAUGGACGCAAUUAGCUCCGAUGAAAUCAGACUACAGGACAAGAGUACGGCUUUUUCGUAUCUUCUGGCAAAUCCUUAUACUCUCGAUCAUCUUUCUGAAUACCUUCGAACGUACUAUGUGAGAUGGGCAGAUGCGCAUGGAUCGUAUAUGAACGUGGCGUCGGCAUUCAACAGUCUAUUAGCUCGUAUGAAAACUGAUGAGCAAAUGUUGAUUGUGCAGUCAUUCGCUAAACGAAAUGAGAAGGUGUUCGGCGAGAAUGCUUAUAAGUCUAUUUUGCAAGGCAUCGAGGAUUUCGGAGCUAAUCAGGAGUUUGUGGAGAAAAACCGCCCAGCAAUUCGUAGUUUUCUCGAAGUGAAAACCAAAUCUUCUAGUCCAAGAAUAACAGGCGUGGGCCUGACUGUUUUGAUUGGUGUUGUUAUUACUAGUUUACUGGAAAGACGAUAG